CUUCCUCGCGUCCUCCCCCCCUUUUCUUCGUGACACGUGAUGAAAACAGACCUGCGCGGAAUAACCCGUAGCGGUGCGACGCCGGAGCCUCAGGUCCAUAAGCCGCCCGUACUAACGCUGACCGGCCCCGUCCGCAGAAGCCCACCUGAAACCUUUAGGACAAAAUGUCCUGUACUUGCACUUCGGCAGCAAGAUUGUUAAUAAGCUCGGCGCAAAGGGGGAUCUCCUGCACUCGCGCUCAGCUGUUGGCCCUGGGCAGAGUGGUGCCACAUGAUGGCACCUUGACAUGUCGAGUGCCUGUCAGAUUAUUCUCAGUGACGCCGGUCUAUUAUGCCUCGAAAGAUGGAAUGUCUAAAGAUGGUGAUGGUGGAAAGAAGACGAUCAGCGACGCUGGUGGGAAGAGAUCAGCGAGUUCGGGAGGUAGCGGGAAGGGGGGAGCCCACCUGCGCUGCCCCAAAUGUGGGGACCCCUGCACUCAUGUGGAGACGUUUGUCUCGUCGACGCGCUUCGUGAAAUGUGAGAAAUGCCAGCACUUCUUCGUGGUGCUCUCCGACACCGACUCCAAGAAAAGUCCGAACAGGGACCCGGAAUCGGCUGCCGAUGCCGUUAAGCUGGCCUUCCAGCAGAAGCCCCCCCCGCCCCCAAAGAAGAUUUAUGCCUACCUGGAUAAGUACGUGGUGGGCCAGUCUCAUGCAAAGAAGGUGCUGUCAGUGGCUGUGUACAACCAUUACAAGCGUAUCUACAACAAUAUCCCUGCCAGCUCUAGGCCGCAAGUGGAAGUGGACAAGCAGGCCAGUCUGACUCCCAGAGAGCUUGAGAUACGAAGACGGGAGGAUGAGUACAGAUUCACAAAGCUGCUCCAGAUUGCAGGGAUUAGUCCCCAUGGUAAUGCCUUGGGGGCCUCCAUGCAACAGCAGGUGAACCAACACCCGCCUCAGGAGAAGCGAGGAGGGGAGGUGCUGGAUUCCCCACACAGUGACAUCAAGUUGGAGAAGAGCAACAUUGUGCUAUUAGGUCCCACCGGGUCAGGUAAAACACUUUUGGCUCAGACUCUUGCGAAAUGUCUGGAUGUUCCCUUUGCCAUCUGCGACUGUACCACGCUGACUCAGGCAGGGUAUGUGGGAGAGGACAUUGAGUCUGUGAUCGCGAAACUGCUUCAGGAUGCCAACUACGUAGUGGAGAAGGCACAGCAAGGCAUCGUCUUUCUGGAUGAGGUAGACAAGAUUGGCAGCGUUCCUGGAAUCCACCAGCUGCGUGAUGUGGGUGGGGAAGGAGUGCAGCAGGGUUUACUCAAGCUGCUGGAGGGCACCAUCGUCAACGUCCCUGAGAAGAACUCCAGAAAACUGAGGGGUGAGACGGUGCAGGUGGACACGACAAACAUCCUCUUUGUAGCAUCUGGAGCCUUCAACGGGCUGGAUAGGAUAAUCAGCCGAAGGAAAAAUGAGAAGUACUUGGGCUUCGGCAGCCCGUCCAACCUGGGCCAGGGACGGCGAGCGGCGGCAGCAGCCGACCUGGCUAACAGCAGCGGCGGUGAGGUGGACACCGUGCAGGAAAUGGAGGAGCGGGACCGGCUCCUCCGGCAUGUGGAAGCCCGUGACCUCAUUGAGUUCGGCAUGAUCCCCGAGUUCGUGGGCCGGCUGCCCGUGGUGGUGCCUCUACACAGCCUGGACGAGGACACGCUGGUCCGCAUCCUGACGGAGCCGCGGAACGCAGUGGUGCCUCAGUACCAAGCGCUCUUCAGCAUGGACAAGUGUGAGCUCUCUGUGACCCCGGAUGCCUUGCGGGCCAUAGCUAGACUGGCACUUGAGAGGAAGACUGGAGCUCGUGGCCUUAGAUCCAUCAUGGAGAAACUGCUGCUGGAACCUAUGUUCGAAGUCCCACAUUCAGAUAUCAUGGCCGUGGAACUUACUAAAGAUGUGGUUUAUGGCCUAUCAGAACCUCGGUACAUAAGAGCCCCCGCAAAGGACUCCAAUGAGGAGGACUUUGAUUCUGGAAUUGAUGAAGAGAACUGGCCCAGGCAGGCAGACGCCGCCAAUAACUGACGUGGAGUCGCUGACAUGGAGCUUGGGUAUCCCUCUUCGUAGGGGAAGCUCGGGACCGGCCUGAGAGAGCUGAUCCGUGACCUAGAAUGCAGACCUAGGCUGCCUCUCUGUUGCUGGAGUGAACACCCUGGACAGCCGAGUCACACUCUCUGGGGGCCCUUUCAUGCUCCUAUAUCCUGGACACUAGGCAUUGAGUUACCACCAGUCUUUACCAGGUUAAAAUCUACUAUAUAUUAACUUGGGGGGGGGUUAAGUCUGUAAAGGGGGUGUUUAUUGUUUGGUUAAAAAUUGAAAUGCGAAAUUUUAUUUUGAAAAUGAUAGAGUGCAAAUGGUUUGGUAAGUUGAAGGGGUUCAUGUUAACAAGGCUAAGCCAGUGUUAAACUACGACAUGAACUCUGGUCACAUAGUUAUUCCAGUGUUUCUGUAGCGAUUGUAUUGGCUUACAACGUGAAGUACUUUUUCGCUGAGAGUUGAGCCAAAAUGUCAGAUGAUUCUUUUCUUGAGCACAGCCCCGAAAAAUGAAAAGUGAUACAAUUACAAUCAUUGAAACCAGCACAUUUUAUAGAACACAUUUAAAGGCUGACUAAAGUUUUUAACUGUUACAGUCGAGUUGCUGCUGUAUUUCGGGGGGUAUAAGACAUCGCCCACAUUCCCCUGUGAGAGGCACGUCUGGACGGACGUUGGCCUGGUCUGUGAUUCAGUGGCACGGGCCUGAAGAAGCCCUGAAACGCGGGUGCUAGUGGAGAUGGAAUGUGUUCGUUUCCUGGUGGUUUAAGUUCCUUAUAGGACACUUAGAGCUGCAUACAGCUAACAAGCCUACUGCCCUUGGGACAUUCAGACCAUCCUCACACCACGCUCAUCGUCCUCCUACGUCCUUCUCUGGGUCUGGAGCUGAUUUGAAGGAAAGCAUUUGCUCUGCAGCUGAAAAUAAUCUGUUUUGUUCAUGAAAUCCGAAUAGAUUUGCAACUGUACCUGUUUAAAUAAAAAUGAUGUAUCCACACAAA